CACAACCACCACCAAAGGUCUAGGUGCCAUCCUGUAUAAAUCUCUGGUCCUUUUCUUUUCUGAGUUGCUUCUGAGGGGACUAGCUUGGCUGCUGCUCUGACCAUGGAGCCGGACAGAGGCUUAAUUGCCUAUGAGGAGCCGCCUUUGGAGCCAAUGGACCUGCUCUCGAGCGCUUGGUGCAGCUCAGCUAUCCAAGUUCUUCAGAAAGGACCGAAGAAUUGCUCGAUGGCGCUCGUGGAGCAUCCGGUCAUGGCGCUCGACAAUGAUAGGAAAGACCAGUUGCAAAAGAGUGAUCGUAGCUUGGUGGUCGACAACAGCGGUUUCAGCACGACCCAGUGGAAAUAUGAUGAUCUGAAGUCAUGGAUAUGGCUGCAGAAGGCAAUUCAUCCAGAGCUGGAUUAUGACCUCUGCCUCAAGAAGAAAUGGCUUCCGCGCAAGAUGGCGCCGUGGAGCGGCAUCUCGCUCAAGAAGUGGGUGAAGGAACGGAAGCAGAAGCGCAAGGAGGAGGCGCGCCUGAACAGGGCCGAGGUCCACGCCGCCGUGUCCGUGGCUGGCGUCGCUGCCGCGCUCGCCGCCAUCGCCGCGGAGAACGCCGCGCCGCCUGGCUCGGCGGCGAUGAGGGAGACGGCUGUGGCGUCCGCGGCCGCUCUUGUGGCGGAGCAGUGCGCGAAGGUGGCUGAGGCCGCGGGCGCCACGCGCGACCAGAUCGCGGCCACCGUCGCCGCCGCCGUGGCAUCCACGGACGCCGGCAACGUCAUCACGCUCACCGCGGCCGCGGCCACAUCACUGCGGGGCGCCGCGACGCUGAGAGGACGGCGCAGUGGAGGCGGCAGCGGCGGCAACGGCCAGAACGAGAGGGCGGGCCACGCAGGCUCGGCGCUGUCGCAGGACGACCUCGACUUCGACUUCAACCACGCGAGGUCCAGGGCGGCGCUGGCCAAGGGCGACGAGAUGUUCGUCGCGAUGCCGGACAGGAAAUGGAAGCUCCACACGGUGUCCGCGGCGUCGAACAAGCGCGGUGAGAUCGUCCUUCGGAUCAAGAAGACGAACCUGGUCAUGGCGUUCUCCCACGCGAAAGAAUGCGUCGUCCACGACGUGCGGCCGUGCGCCCCGGAGAAGCCAAGCCACGACGAGGGCGCGACGUACCCGGUGGAGGUGUCGACGAGCAAGGGCAAGGUGGAGCUCCGCGCCGACGACUACGCCGUGUACAAGAGGUGGGUCGCGGCGCUGAGCCACAUGCUCGUGAUGUCCACCGCCGUCUCCACCAGGCACGAGCCGCCGCGCAGGGACUGACCGGCCGGACGAUCGGCGCCACGGCACGUGAGGGCCGGGCUGCACGGUCCCUUGAAGCAACAGCACGAACAACGACGCCCGUGUCGAUCACACUUGUAUCGAACAAUCUAUCGUCCAUGCAAUUGUAUCAGUACUAGCAUCAGAGAUUGUGUCUCAACUGUGGUGAAAUUACUAACGGUGGGUUGGUUCA